AUGGAAAAUCUGAGAAAUUCUCAGCGGUUGGACUGCUCUUUUUUUCCCGCUGUAGAGUUGAUUGUGACUGCAUGGAGCGUGUUCGACCCGUCGAGAAAUGCGUCUCGGGUUCUACGCGUGGAAAUACAAGACGUGGAUGACAACAUUCCACAAUUUACUAAAGGUGCUCCGCUGGUUUUUGUCGUUCCUCGCUCAACCAGUCGUUCGAACAUCAUCUUAGGAAAAGUGUACGCUGAUGAUCGGGACGGAACUGAUCUAAACGCUAUUCAUUAUUAUUUACUGCCGAAAUGCAGCACCACGGCCGAGUUCGAGAAAUUCUCGGUUAACGAUUACUCAGGGGAGAUAACAGUUGAGGGUGGAAUUAUGUGGGAUCGUCCAGCGCGCCUCAUGCUAUGUGUUUUGGCAAGCUAUUAUCCUGAGUUAGAUGUCAGUGAACUGGAAUUUGACGCGAAAAAUUCGAGUAUGAUUAGAGUGGCAGUGGUUUUUGAGACGGAAACACAGACGUUACCUCCAGCUCCACCAAUUGAGAACAAUACUGUGACAAUUAUUCAAGAGAAUCUCCGUGACACUCCUAUCCCCGUGACUGUUGGCAGCUCCAAUCCAGCUUUUCAUUUCUCAUUGGAUCACGUCGAUUUUGAACCUGCUCAAGACUCCACUGGUGUACUUCACAGCAGUACCAAUACACUGGUGUUUGUGGAACCAAACACUGGUGAUCUACGCGUUAAUCCGGUUAUCUCCGAACAACCGGAGGGCGUUUACAGCGCUUUUGUGAAUAUGAUGUCGGCGACAACAAAAGAAGUACUACAACAAUUUGUGAAGAAGUUCCAUUACGUGAAAGACGACAUGAAAAUGCGAUAUAUUUUCAAUAUGAUCCCGGAAGAGUUUGCUAAAAACAGUGAUGAAUUUGCAAAGAAAUUGCAGAAAGCUCUGGACGGAGAUCAUCCGGAAGGAGACAUGAAGGUGUACCUUUCGCAUCCUAACAAAGACAAGAGGAAUUCUACCUGGACAUCUGUGUGCUUCCAUGCAACGAUGAAUGGUAAAGUACAAGGAGAACGCGCAGUGAUGGCGGCACUAUCGCAAUCCACCGUCGAGAACAGUGAACUGUCGAAACUCUAUCAGCUCUAUAAGGUUAUCAAUAUUGAGCGUUGUGAACCUGUAGUAGCACAGUUGCGUCAAUCCGCUUUUAUGCUACCGACGGAAGUGGUGAUGCUCAUCGCAGGAGUCGCAAUCCUUGUGCUGAUUCUUAUCGCUCUGCUAACCUACAUCUGUUUCGUUAGGAGAUACAAGGAUCACCUUCGUGCGAAGCAGAAACCAAAGAACGGAGCCGAAGUCGUUCCUUGUGUACUGGACCCAUCUCCCACCUUUAUCCUUCCACCGAUCACCCCGAGUCUAGGAUAUUAUUGA